UCCAUCGCUCAAGAUGUUCUCUUAUCUCUCUGGUCUGGUUUUCCAAACAAUCAAAACUCCUACAUAGGUAGGAAGGAUAGGAAAGAAAAUUUGGGGAAAUCCCUAAAUUUGAAACCCUAAUUUUUACAGAAGAGGAUGAAUUUUGGUAUCGAAACUCGAACUGCUUCGGCCAAGGCAGAAACUUCUGUGGUUACGGCGGAGAAGGCUUUAUCUUUUAUAUCAAAAGGAUGGAGAGAAGUAAGAGAUUCAGCAGAUGCGGAUUUUCAGUUAAUGAAAACAAGGGCGAAUACAUUCAAGAAUUUAGCUACUUCAUUUGAUAAAGAACUCGAGAAUUUUCUUAACUCUGCGACUACUUUCUCAGUUCCCGCCAUCAAAUCAUCUUCUUCUACGACAACUGAGAUUGAUUUCGUUAAGAAAUUACAACCAAAGUUCUAUGAAUUCCGCAGAGUUUAUUCGUCACCUGAUUUUAGCAAGAAAGUAUUGGAGAAAUGGAGCCCUAGAGCUAGAAUUAAACUUGAUUUGUCUGCUAUAAGAAAUGCUAUGUUAGCUGAAGUUGGGGAUUCGGAAAAGAUUGCGGAAUUUGAUGAAAAGGAAAGGUUAUGGAGAGGGAGGAAUUUGAAAUUAGAUGAGUUUUGGUCGGAAUGGAAAGGGGAAGAAGAAGAGGGAAAUCACAGUGAAUGGCAACCUAUAAAGGCGUUGAAAACAAGAUUCAGAGAAUUGGAACAAAAGAGUUCUUCAUCUGAGAUUUUUGAGACUUUCAAGAACAGUGAGUUUGUGGAGAAAGUUAAGACAAGCUUGAAAGCAAUGUGCAAGGAGCCGCAAGAUUCCAAGGAAGUGCCGCCGCUGGAUGUACCAGAACUUUUGGCUUAUUUGGUUAAGCAGUCGGGACCCGUUUUUGAUCAACUUGGUUUCAAGCAAGAUAUAUGCCACAAGUUAGUUGAAAAGUUCUGUAGCAAAUAUAGGAGCCAGCUUCUUCUGCGUUCCUUAUCAUCAGAUAAUUCAGCCUUGAUUGAAAAUGAGAAUUUUAACGAUGAACUGGAUCUAAGGAUAGCCAGUGUCGUACGUAGUACUGGACAUUGUUACGAAGGUGGCCUGUGGAAUGACUCUGCAAAGCCUGAAUCAAAAGAUGGGAAAAGGCAUUUUGCAAUAGUUACAACAGCCAGUCUUCCUUGGAUGACUGGUACUGCUGUAAAUCCUCUGUUUCGAGCCGCAUAUUUGGCCAAUUCCGCUCAACAAAAUGUAACCCUGCUGGUACCAUGGCUAUGCAAAUCAGAUCAAGAACUAGUUUAUCCGAACAACCUCAUUUUUAGUUCACCAGAAGAACAGGAAAUUUAUAUACGAAAUUGGCUGGAGGAAAGGGUCGGCUUCAAAGCAGAUUUCAAAAUAUCUUUCUACCCUGGAAAAUUUUCUAAGGAAAGGCGCAGUAUUCUACCAGCUGGGGAUACCUCACAGUUUAUUUCCUCGAAGGAAGCUGAUAUUGCUAUACUGGAAGAGCCAGAACACCUUAACUGGUACCAUCAUGGUAGGCGUUGGACUGAUAAAUUUAACCAUGUUGUUGGUGUUGUCCAUACGAAUUACCUGGAGUAUAUUAAGAGGGAGAAGAAUGGAGCGCUUCAAGCCUUUCUUGUAAAGCACAUAAACAGUUGGGUGACCCGAGCGUACUGUGACAAGAUUCUACGUCUUUCUGCUGCGACCCAAGAUCUUCCAAAAUCAGUCAUAUGUAAUGUGCAUGGUGUGAACCCCAAAUUCUUAAAGGUUGGGGAAAGGGUUGCUGAAGAAAGGGGGCGUGGGCAACAAGCAUUUCCAAAGGGAGCAUAUUUCUUAGGGAAAAUGGUGUGGGCAAAAGGCUACAGAGAAUUGAUUGAUUUGCUGUCUAAGCACAAGAACGAUCUAGAAGGUUUUAAGUUGGAUGUGUAUGGUAAUGGAGAGGAUGCUCAUGAAGUCCAAUCUUCAGCAAAGAAACUGGAGCUGAACCUCAACUUUCUAAAGGGAAGAGAUCAUGCAGAUGAUUCACUUCAUGGUUACAAGGUGUUUAUAAACCCUAGUGUAAGCGAUGUUCUCUGCACGGCAACAGCUGAAGCACUUGCCAUGGGAAAAUUUGUGAUUUGUGCUGAUCACCCAUCAAAUGAGUUCUUUAGGUCAUUCCCCAACUGCUUGACAUACAAAUCCUCAGAAGAUUUUGUGGCCAAAGUCAGAGAAGCACUUGAAACUGAGCCUCAGCCUCUAACAGCGGAGCAGAGAUACAACCUUUCGUGGGAGGCAGCAACCCAGAGGUUCAUGGAAUACUCUGAACUAGAUAGGAUCCUAAAGUUAGGUGAGAGGGGCAACAGAAAAUCAAGCAAAACAAAGAAAAAUAUUACGAAAUCCGUAUCGUUGCCUAAUCUUAAUGAGAUGGUAGAUGGUGGACUGGCCUUUGCUCACUUUUGCCUCACAGGUAGUGAAAUCCUGAGGUUGGCGACAGGAGCAAUACCAGGAACACAAGAUUUUAGCAAGCAGCAUUGUGAGGAUUUACAUCUGUUACCGCCUCACGUAGAAAAUCCCAUAUAUGGUUGGUAAAUAAUCAGCAGUUCCUGUUUCGGUAGCGCCCUCUUUUUUAUGUGUAUAAUUAUUAUUUUCUGAUGUUCUAUGUAUAAUUAUUUGUUCGAUAUAAAGAAAUCUACUAUCCUAGUAGCAUUCAGUGCUAUCUCCAUUUUGUGGGUUCUCUAACUAGAUAGAUACCCGGGAGUAUAGGAAAAUAGUUAUGUUCCAAUGCAUCAAAAGAAACAGAUUCAUCUUCUCAAACA